GCCAGCGAUUUCUUUAUAUAACGGUGCUGAGCCGGAAGGGUUAUUUUUUGUAUCGUUCCUCUUUCUUUGCACAUCUGGCUGCACCUUGCAGCCCCCCCCCCCUCCUCAUGCGCUGGAAGAGAGACCUAUUUCCAAAGAUCAGGAUCCCCCAGCCUUCAGCUUGCUUCCAGUUCGGAGACACCUAAGCCAAGGAGGGGUACCGUAAAACCAGGAGCUGCUGUGAUGCCUGCUUUUGUCGAAAUCGUAGCUGGUUUCUUUCUUUUUCUGCCUCUUUUCCCUCUCCAGUUCCAGGACUUUGAGUAGAUGCAGAAAGAUGCAACGGACUAAAGAUACGAUGAAUCCAGCGGCCCGCUUGAGAGAGAGAGACAGCUGAUAAGCAAGUGGCCAUGUGAUUAUGCAAACACCUCACCAUGCCUCUAGUAGACUGGUUCCUCCGCCACUCGGUUACCAUGUGGCUGCUGUUCCAGAGCUUUGUUCUGAUGACCUUUUGUUUCCAUUCGGCCACUACCUUUCCCAAGGGCUGCUACCAGGCAGAAGAGGACGGUUACAAAACCUUUCGGUGCAGCAACGCUCAACUCACAGAGGUCCCUAAGGACAUACCCAACGACACUAACAAGCUCUACCUGGAUUUCAACCAGAUUGCCUUCCUCCCCGUUGACGCCUUUCGGAACUUGCCAGUCCUGCUGGAGCUGGAGCUGUCUCACAAUGGCAUCGUCAGGAUAGAGAGUGGGGCUUUCCGGGGCUUGUCGGAGCACUUGCAUUCCCUGGAUUUGUCCUCAAACAAGCUGGUGUCAGUCAAUAAGGAUGUCUUUAGCAAUCUGAAGGCCAAGGUCAAUCUCUCCAGUAACCCUUGGCUGUGCGACUGCAGGCUCCAGGAGCUGAUCAGGACAGUGGACCUGGUUGCUGGGUCCUCUGGGAGCAUCGUCUGCGACUCCUCUGCUAAGGAGGAGCACGUUGGCAAGCCCUUCCUCCAAGUGGUCACAGACAUCGACUUCUGCAGCGUUUACAAAAAGACCACGGACAUAGCCAUGCUGGUCACCAUGUUCGGCUGGUUCGCCAUGGUGAUCUCCUACCUGGUCUACUAUGUCCGGCAGAACCAAGAAGACGCCCGUCGGCACCUUGAGUACCUGAAGUCCUUGCCCAGCAAGCAGAGAAAGUCAGAAGAGUCCUCCACCAUCAGCACCGUGGUGUGACUGAAAAACCGCUCCCUCCUGCCCCAACCCCAGCAAACGUAGGACCCCGGGGGAGUUUGUGGACAGACCCCUGCCUAGUUUCAUGGGUAAUCAAUCAGCUCCAUAGACACACAAAGGCUGAAGAGGCUGUUAGUUAACAACAACAACAACAACAUUAGUUUUGCUCUUUGGAAAAUAAACAGAUAGUUUCAGGAGACCCAGAUCCGCGUGUUCAGAACAAAACAGGAGCAAGGAAGGCUUGGGCUCUAUCCACAAUUCUGCAGAACAAGUGCCAACAGGGCUGUGAUCUAGAGCAAUUAGUGAGGACUCAGCGGCGCCACAAGGGAUUUGGGCAUCUGUUUAUUGUGUUGAACAACAGAGGGAAAAGAAAAAAAAAACAGUGUGUCUCCUCAAGCAUACAGUAAUUACUCAGAUGAUUCCCCUUUCAGACGUUAAACUUCAUUUAAAAAGAAUUUUAUAUACUUUACAGGAAUCCAUUAAGAUGUUAAAAAAAAAUCAGUGGUUCAGACACUCUCUAUCUACUUCCUUCACUCUCAGGAAGGGAUGUUUCCAGCAACCCCAAGAAGACACCGCAGAGUCUCAGAGAACAGUGUUGUACCCUUACUAUAUGGUCCUCCUGGCUUUUGAGGAAUAUUGGGAAUAGUGGGUAUGACGUCAAACUAAAGAGAUUAAAGCAAAUCCCAACUGCUGGAGGGUGGUAUGAGCGAAUUCCCCCCAUAGGAUCUUGAGUUAAAGUUCUACCCAAAAUACUGCCCCUUCUUCCAUCAAAGGACCAGUAAGGUCAGUGGGAGCUGAAGCUGCUCUGCACCUCAUAAAUUUGGUCCCUAACAGAGAUAUGAGGCAGAAAGGGAUUUUAUCAUUAGAGAUGGAUGAGUCUGUGAGGAUCAAAUAAAAUCCAUCUCCCUGCCCCUAAAAUAUCCCUGUUUUAGAAACAAAUCUGAAAUGAGCUUUUUGAGGUUCUGAAAUGUUUACUUCAUUUCUGCUCGCCGGGACUAGAAAUGUCAAAAUGCCACCAGGCGAGCCAUCCUCAGAGUUUUUCCAGCCACAACAGCACAUGCUGAGAGAGCCCGUCCCCAUGAGAUUGUCCACAGACCUGGAGGGUCCCCCGUGGGGUCUCAGUCAUAGGUAGGAUACAGGAUAUACACAUAGCAGGUCCAGCCACUGGAUGGAGGACUCUGUGAAUUGGUAAAGUCCUGCUCCGGUGUGUCUCUCCACCAUUGGCACAUGCAAAGGAAGGGACACACCUUGUGGCAUGAGACAAUCUUCUCAUUUGCAGUCAGGGUUCCAAACCAGAGAUGUGACUAGCAUUCAAUGGCCGAGCCUCAAAUCUUACUCCCCUGCCCCAACCACGUGAACUGAUUUAUAAUGUAUUUUGGGGGUAGGCUCUCUGUAGCUUAAACAUUUACAAGACAGCCCGCUUCGGCCCAAACCACUCAGCUGGCUCCAUACGUAGAACCCUUUGGGUCUCCCAGUGGAUACUGGGUCAUGGCCAGAAGGCAUUGCCUUGAAGUGGGGAGAUUCCUCACCAUCUUGUAUCUAAUUGCCUCCUGAAGAGAGGACUUUGGUCAUCAUGUUUACUUUAGGACUCACAAGUUUGUCGACCUAUCACUGUGACAUGUUGGGAGAAAAAAGGAUGUGGUGGGUUAGAGUGAAGCCACAACUAAGUUUCUUUUUCUUUCUUUCUCUCUUUCUUUCUUUCCUCUGUUGGCAAGUGGCCUCAUCCCUCACACUCAGAAAAAAAAAACCCAACAUCUCUUCUCUAUGUUUCCAGUAUUGGGGCAUAGAACCCCCCCAGCCCCAUGUUCAGAAACAAUAUUUGAAUAUCUAAUAAUUAGAGAGGGUCCUGAUCCACUACAUUUUGGAACUUGAUUGGACUAUCUCCAAAAUUGGGGGGGGGGGGGUUGGAUCAGAGGUUUGGGAUGGCCUUUGAUGGAGGACAGCUGGAAAGUUUGAAUCAAGAUUCAGCUGCUGUUUAAAGAAAGAAAAGCCAACUGGAACCAGAAUCUUAAAAUUUAAUAGCUGGAUCUACCUCUGGCCCAGGAGGAAAAGGCUGUAAAGCUGUUUUGUUUUGUUGCAUCCAGUCUAAACAGACUAAAGGUAAAUUGCCUUAAUCUGGCAAGGUCAUGCAGGGCCACCCAGAGGAUUCAGGGGGCCUGUUGCAAAGCAAUUUUGGGGGCCCCUUCCAUAAAAAAAAGUUGCAAUAAUAAAGAAUACUAUAUUCUCGUGCGGGCCCCUGUGGGACCCGGGGCAAAUUGCCCCACUUGCCCCCCCCGGGCGGCCCUGAGGUCAUGAACCAAAGCUCUUUGAACUCAAUCUUUGCUUUGAUUUGAGUGGGUUUUGGAUCAGGCCCCAAGUCUCUCUCCUUUCUUGUGUAAUGGUUCUGACCGCAACCAACCAUUAUAUUAUAUUACUAUUAGAGAUGAUCCUACUGCAGCAAAACCUGGAUUCAGAUCCUAAUGAUGAACUGAACUCUCACAACAUUUUGGGGGUGUUUAGAUGUUGGGUCUAGGUUCAGGCCUCUCCCUGACAAGCAUGAGACCAAAUUAUCCAGAAUCAUCAACAACAACAUUUGAGUACUGGGGAAGGGGAAGUUGGUGAAAUCUCCAAAUGAUCUGAAAGAGAUUUAGAUUUGGGAAGCAGCGAAAGUUCACUUGGUGCUCGUGAGAAAAUCUGAUGUCCCAUGCACAAAUGCCUUCAGAGCUGCUAAGAUAUAUUCAGAAGUGCCUACUUUCCAAACAUCCGCAGGGUUCCUGCAUCACGCACAAACACCUUUUGACUCUGUCUGAUGCCACCUUUGUGCAUUGACAAUAAAGAUCGUUUAACAAGUUUUCCCUUUACAAAUCUAUCUGAUGUGCUGGAAAAUGGAAGGCUGAAAGCAGCUAAUUCAGUGACCUGGGUUGUCCAGAUGUCCACAUUAAAACCAAAUGUGAAUUAAUGAACUGCAUAUUCCCCCCCGCCAUCAACCCCAUGUACCCCUGAUAUCUAUGCUCUGUAACAAAAGUCCAGUAGAAUUGUGAUCUUCUGGGAUGCCAGGUUUAAAACAUGGUGGUCAGGGCAUGCUCACUGUGUGGGAUUAUGUCUUGAUAACAUCUGACCAAAUGAUGUGCUUAAACAGA